AUUGGCAGGCUUUCUAUGUCUGAAGAAAUUAAUGAUCGUGAAUCUUCUCUUUGUGCUUUUAAAAAAAUUCUUGAAGAUAUUGACAUAAUACCAUCAUCAUCUGUAAAUUCUGAUGCGUCUUGCCCUAUGUUUAAAGUUCUCACACCCAGUCAUAAGGAAGCUUUAGAAGAGUAUUGUCGUCUUUUAUAUGAUUUUGGCGAAUUUCAAAGUUGCUUGAACGCAAUCGAUAAAGGUUUGGUCUUCGAUCCAUAUAAUAAGGUGCUAAAUCAAUUAAGAAGCCAGCUCUUAAAAGAUACAUGGGUUAGGUUUUUAUUGCCAAGGAGUUAUUACGAAACUGCUCCCCCAGUAAGACAUUCAUCUGUUUUGGAAACUGUACCAAGACGAAUUAAACCAUCAGGCCAUUUAAACUCUGGUGCUCUUGCUUCUCAUCACAUUCAUUUGCAACAAACUUCAUGGACUGGGUUGGGAGAGUUGUUGUUAGAUACUUAUGACGCAAUGACGAGCGGUCGGAUUAAAUUGGAAAAUGAUGCACAUACUUCUGUAACUAGUAGACGUAUUAUAAUUGAUUGGGAAAUUACUAAACCAUCAACAACCAUUGAUAUAAACGGUACCGCUCAAAAACGGAAAAGGAAGGAAGUGUCAAGUGACAUUAUUAGUGAUAAAUCAAAUUUAAGAGUAAAUCGAAAAGCCUCGAAAAUAUCUGAUGAAAUUAAUACUUUUAAUAAUCAACGUAGGAAAUCAGCCUCGGCAUUCACGAAGAAAAUAGAAUCAAUUAUUAAAAAAUUAGAUCCUGAUUUCUGGCUUAAUGAUCGAUUAUCAAAUAUUGAUGAUCAAAUAGACAAGUUUCUAGAAUAUUUCACAAAAGCAUGGACCUUCCACGUUUCUCGUGAAGAUCAUGGGGAUAUGAUAGAACAAGCAAUUAAUACCUCAAGGCCAAAAGCAACUUCGGAUCCGCGUUUUUACCGGUUUACUCCAAAUACAAAUCCUUAUAUUCCCGCUUCUUAUUUUAUUGAUUCUCCAGAAGCGCAUUCAAUGUUAAUUGCUUUUAUUGAAAAGAUGAAUGAUAUAAAUUCUGGAAUAUUGGAUUGUUUAUGUAUGUAUGUUAUGCAUUUAUUCGGACAUUUUGAGCCUUCUGAUGAUGGAACUCUUAAAGCCUUAUGGCUUUAUCGUUGGCCUGAUAAUUUGAAAGAGGUUAUGAGGAUGAUUCUCUCAAGAAUUGAUCGUCGCUUGUUAGAGAUGAUUGAAAAUUCUUGUACUAGUUGGGACGAAAAAAGUAACUUGGUUGAAAUAAUGAUGAAUGAUAGUGAAGAUAAUAUUUUUUCACAGAUGAAACAAAAGUCCGAGAUCAUUAUGGGUAUUUGCGAAUUCUUGUCAGAUUCACAAAUUACGAGUACUCUAGCUACAUCCUCGCUUUCUAGUUCAACCAUUGCAGUCUACAUUAGAUAUAUUGAGCAAUAUAAAAGUGUUUAA